UCUUGGACUCGUACCACCACCUUCUUUGCCCUGUGUAGCAAUUCCUAUUGAUAUUUCUUCGACCUGCGCUCUUUUUCUUCCCAGCGAUGGUGCAGAAAUUCGUACCUUCAAAAAGGUCGUCAUCCUGGGACCUGGGCGAUUUGCAGUACAAAGUAGUAUUACGAGGAACUCCCGGUUUUCGCCACUGUUACAGAUUCGUAGGAAACGCAUCUUGAAUGUAGGAUUCGUGGUGCUGGAAAUAGUUUUCCUUCUUCAGCUUCGCUUUCUCACCAUCGCGCCCCAUGAUGUCAUCUUUUCCAGACCGGUAUAAAAGCAUCGAGUGGAUUACUCAUCGAGGUUGUUACCAAUCCUCACGAUGGCUGCCCCAGUACCGACCACAGCCCGCUCGUAUUACUUCCCCAAGCUUGGGUCUUACAAGAAUCUUACCUUGCAGACUACGCCUAUUCCGGUUCUCAAGUCUACAUACGUUCUCGUGAAAGUCCAUGCUGUAUCGCUCCAGUAUCGCGACCUGAUGAUCGCCUCGAAUAGGUAUCAUGGUGGCAUACCAGAGAACCUUGUACCGUGUUCCGACAUGGCUGGAGAGGUGGUCGCUGUCGGUUCAGACGUAACCCGUUGGGAGGUUGGUGAUCGGGUUUGUGCCAACUUCGCGACCGAACACUUGGAUGGAGAAGUCAAUGCCGAGACUAGCAAGUCGGCGCUUGGUGGAGGACAGCAUGGGGUGCUGACGGAUUAUAAGGCUUUCCCGGAUUAUUGUCUUGUCAAAAUCCCGGAACACUUAUCUUUUGAAGAAGCGUCGACUUUGCCUUGUGCUGCGCUUACUGCGUAUAAUGCACUUUUGGGUCCCAAGCCAGUCAAAGCAGGUGAUACCGUUCUCGUACUCGGAACUGGCGGUGUUUCUACCUUUGGUUUGCAAUUCGCUGUCGCCUCUGGUGCCAAUGUAAUCGCGACGUCUUCUACUGACGCCAAGCUGGACAUUGCGAAGAAACUCGGUGCUACAUACACCAUUAAUUAUAAUGCGACGCCUGACUGGGACAAGGAGGUGCUGAAGCUCACCGGUGGAAGGGGAGUUGAUCAUAUUUUGGAGGUUGGUGGACCGGGGACGUUUGAGAAAUCGAUGGCAGCUGUGCGUUACACAGGAUGUAUCCACAUUAUUGGAGCCGUAGCGCAGCCUACGACUCCGUUGACGAGUGUCGUUGGGCCAUGUAUCGGGAAGGCUAUUAUCCUUCGUGGAAUUCGAGUUGGGUCUGUUGCACAAUUCGAGUCGAUGAACAGAUUGCUUCGUGCUCGGCCCGAGCCGACGCGUCCAGUCAUUGAUAGGGUAUUUACAUUUGAGGAGGCGGUGGAUGCAUAUGCGUAUUUGGAGAGCCAGAAGCAUGUUGGAAAGGUUGUUAUUCGGGUGGUUUAGUUCACAGUUGAGGCUUUGAAGUUCGUUUUCGCUUUGUACAGAUGUAAUUUUUUUAGGAUUGAAUGGUAUUAUUUUGCUCAUCGGUAUCCU